AUGGCACAAGGCGGCGUAAAAUCCGCAUCGCGGCCCGCGCCGACCGGCAAACCCAAACACAAGCAGCUCAAGAACACCUCGCGCGUGGCGAAACCGCAAAAGGCAAAAGCCCACAGCUCGGCGGACAAGAUGCAGAAGAAGAUGGCCGCGGGCCUGACGUCGCGGACGGAGAAGCUGCUGGGCGAGAGGGCGGGUCACCUGGAGCUCAUUGGCAAGGGAAAGAAGACGAAGAAGGAUGAGAAGGGGACGCAGGCGCAGAAGGGGGGUAGCCGGAAGUACGGCUAA